AUGCAGUUUGUCAGGGGAUUAAAAGACUCUGAUAUACGUCUUCAACUUCUUCAAGAUAAACUAUUGCAACCGUUUAAAGAAGUAGUCGAAAAGGCUGCUACAUUGGAACUAGCGAAAAGUGAGAGCAGAAUAGUAAAGACAAAUGAAAAUCAAGAGGAAGUACACCAAGUAUCAAGCAAGAACAAACAGCCAGAUAGGAAACCUUGUAAAUCUAACAAUAUACAACUCUCUGAGUAUCAAACUCGUUUGGAGAAACUGAGAAACAAAUGCUAUAGAUGUGGUGAUGAUUCACAUAGAGCACAUCAAUGCAAGUUCAAAAAUGCAGAAUGUAACUCUUGUAAACGUUUUGGUCACUUAGCAAGAGUAUGUCUAAGAAAACCAAACAAAGAAGUAAAACAAUCAGAUGAAACCGCAGAAAAUACAAGCGAUGAUGACACUCAUGAAAUUUACCAACUUCAUUCAAAAUCAAAUGACAAGUUUAUGCUCGAGGUAAAAGUGGAAGGACGACUCAUGACAAUUGAGUUAGGUACAGGAGCGGCUCUCAGCAUUGUAUCCUAUGAUACAUUUAAGCUUUUAAACUCUCCAAAAAGGAUUUUCAAGACAAAUGUUCAACUCAAGACAUACACUGGGGAAAUAAUCAAUCCAAGAGGAGUUGUUUUUGUAAAUGUUCAGUAUAAAGAUCAAAGUUUUGUUGGAAAACUGUACAUUGUUAACAAGUGUGUAGACUCUAUAUUCGGAAGAGAAUGGAUAAGAGAGAUUCAACUUGAUGCAGCUGACAUACAUUCAUUAAAUUCAAGUGAAAACGAAAACAUCCAAGAACUAGAUGAUUUGAUGAUUCGAUACGAAGACAUUUUCAAAGAAGGCAUUGGGAAAAUACCAAAAGAAAAGGGUCAUUUUAAUGUAAAAGACGAAACCCAGCCAAUUUACAUCAAACCUAGACACAUGCCAUAUGCAUUAAAAGAAAAAGUAGAGAAGGAACUUGAAAGACUGGAGACUUUGGGUAUAAUCACACGUGUCGAAUCAUCCGAUUGGGGCACACCCAUUGUGCCGGUUGUCAAACCCAAUGGUUCAGUCAGAAUAUGUGCUGACUACAAGGUGACUUUGAACAAAGUUAUUAAAGACGAACAUUACCCUAUACCUCGGAUUGAUGAUAUCAUGUCAAAGAUGCAUUGUGGAAAGAUAUUUUGUACUCUUGAUAUCAGUAACGCAUACUUGCACAUGGAGAUGGACGAAGACAGUGCCAUCAUGCAAACAAUCAGUACUCACAAAGGGCUGUUUAAAGUGAACAGAUUAAUGUUUGGAGUAAAAGUGGCACCCUUGUUAUGGCAAAGAUUCAUGGACAAAACAUUACAUAACUUAGAAGGCGUACAAUGUUUCUUUGACGACGUAAUUGUCCAAGGAUCUAACAGGGAACAGCUUCUUCGUCGACUGGAACAGGUGUUUGAACGAUUGAAGUUAAAUGAUUUGAGGUUAAAUAGAGAGAAGUGUAAGUUUUUCCAGAACAAAAUUGAGUACUUAGGUCAUGUGAUCGAUAGCAAAGGACUACACAAGUCAGAUGCUAAAAUACAGAGCAUUUUAAAAUGUAAAAGACCAGAUAACGUAACUGAACUCCGAACUUUCCUAGGCCUUGCGAAUUAUUACAACAAAUUCAUAAAGAAUUUGGCUACACUGCUACAUCCUUUGAAUCGGCUGCUACGAAAAGGAAACACUUUUACAUGGAGCUCUGCUUGUGAACAGAGUUUUCUGAAGAUUAAAGAAAUUAUUACAAGUGAUGACGUGUUGGUACACUUUGAUCCUAGCUUGCCACUGGUCUUAGCUACUGAUGCUUCGCCGGUAGGUGUAGGAGCCGUUCUUUCGCACCGCUAUAGGGAUGAAACAGACAGGCCAAUUGCCUUCGCCUCUCGAUCUUUAUCAAAAUCAGAACAAAAAUACUCUCAGAUCGAUAAGGAAGCCUUGGGAAUAUAUUGGGGCCUGAAAAAGUUUUUCCCGUUUUGUUAUGGCCGCAAAUUUACUUUGAUCACUGAUCACAAACCGCUGGUGUCAAUUUUUAAUCCAGCAAAGACCUUACCAACAAUCUCGGCAACACGGAUAUUCAACUAUGCUCACUUUCUCUCCGGGUUCGACUAUGACAUAGAGUACAGGCAAACUGCUCAUCAUUGCAAUGCAGAUUAUCUCUCUCGAUUCCCUAUCGAAGUUGUACAAGAACAUUCUGUAGAUGACCUCUCGAAGUACCAAAUAAAUCAACUGGAAACACUCAAUAUCAACAGUACCGUGGUGGCUAAGGAAACUCUCAACGAUGCUGUUUUGGGUCCAGUCCUACAGGCCUUGAAAUCAGGACAAUCUGUUGAACAAUACGGAUUUCACGAUAACGAGCUGUCCAUUCAAGAUGAUUGUGUACUGAAGGGCUGGAGAGUCAUGAUACCUCAAUCUCUCAGACCUCAUGUGCUUCGAGAACUACAUGUAGCUCAUUUAGGAGGAAUAAAAAUGAAGGCUUUAGCUCGCAGUUUUUGCUGGUGGAAAAGUAUAGACAAGGAUAUUGAAGAUAUGGUAACUGAAUGUCGACAAUGCAUUGAAAAAUGCAACAACCCGAGGAAAACUAUCCAUCCAUGGGAACAACCUUCUAAUCCAUGGGAGAGGGUGCACAUUGAUUUCUUAGGACCAACAGAUGGCCAACGGUACCUGAUAUUAGUGGAUGCCUUUAGUAAGUGGGUGGAUGUGAUACAGACGAAAACAACUACAAGUACAUGGACAGUCCAAGAAUUACGGAAAAUCUUCUCAACUUUUGGGUUUCCUCACAUCCUAGUUUCAGAUAAUGGAAGACAGUUUGUUUCUCAAGAGUUCAAAAACUUCAUGAAUGAAUGUGGGAUUAUUCACAGAACAACGGCACCAUACCAUCCAAACUCAAAUGGCCAGGCUGAAAGGUACGUGCAGACUGUCAAGAAGGCGUUAAAAUCCAUGGAGGGAGAAAAGGGUACACUGCAAAAUAAAAUCCAAAGACUUCUAAUGCAACUCAGGCAAUCCCCGAAUUCAACAGGUACAUCAGCAUAUCACCUAAUGUUUGGAAGGAGUGUACGAACAAACCUAGCAAUAAUUGUUCCAACAUUAGAACCGAACAAAUAUCAGAAGAAGGGAGUCCAAGUCGGUAUAAAAAGGAAUUUCAAAGUUGGAGAUAAAGUGCAAGCGCGGGAAUAUGUCAAUGGUUCGUCCAAGUGGUAUUCGGGCUAUAUAACUCAAAAGCAAGGACAUGUAAUGUACGUAGUUCAGCUGGAAGAUGGACGAAUAAUAAGAAGACAUGUUGACCAGCUGAUUCUUCGUAAAGUGCCGCAGCACAGUAAAUAG